AUGCAGACUUGUGCGACACCAUCUGUCCAAUCUUCCUGGAUGACAGAGCGGGCCGGAGGCAGCGACGUGCAGAGCAGUGAAACAAUUGCCGUAUACUCGCGUCUACCAUCGAACGAAAUGGAAUCCGGACAAAUCUCGCUGUUCGUGGCUCCAACAGUGAAGACCAUCUCGGGGACCGACGGAAAGGAGGAAGAAGUAAUGAAUGGCAUCCGUACCCACCGACUCAAGAACAAAAUGGGAAUGAAGGAGCUCCCCACUGCUGAGCUAGAGCUGAAGGCUGUGCGAGCUCAUAUGAUCGGUCCCAAGGACCGUGGAUUCCCACCAUCACGUACUCUUGAAUGUGACUCAGCAUCGAGGAUGGAUGCAGUUGGUGUUCUUUAUCACCUCCCUGUUAAGCUAUAUGACCAUGGCUUCCCAUCGCAUACCGCGAGUCACUACUCCAUGUUGGCUGCGUCGUCGGAAUUGACUACCAUUGUUCUCCGCGCGUUGACCUCGGCGUCCAAAGCCGUGAUCUAUGAGCCUGACGAGCCGGAUUUCAACGUCAGUAGACUCUGUGAAACGGUCCUACAUCUUACUCGAGCACAAAAUGUACAGUUUUUCGGUAAAUGGGUUCUCGAUUGCGUAAACAAGGUACAGGAGAAUACAUAUAGACAGGUUCUGAUGGAUGCAUGGAAGGCAUUAGCGGGCAAAUUGAACCCAUCUGAAAGACUGCAUAGACAGGCUGAUAUUCUUGCGGACGGACGGCAGAUUAUGUUCACUUUGGCAUGGCUCGUCAGUGGGAUUCUGUUGGCUCUUGAUGCUCGGAGGGAUGGUGAUGAAGUUGCAAAGGAAGUCGCGAGACGAUGGAUUACCGAGGGAGAGAGAAUGCCAGGAUAA